CUCGCUUAUAUUCCUCUCUCGACAAAGUCUGUUUUAUACAAAAAUACGACGUGUGUCCUGAAAAGUUAAAUUCCUCCUAUUUUUCUAGCCAAAAUAUCGGUAAAUUUUAUGGCAAAGAGUGAAAGAAAGACAAGCAAAGACUACAAAGAAUCGCUUUAUUUCGCUUUGUAUUUCCUGAAAGUGGCAACACCACGGCUGCGCAGUAACCAAGCCAUAUAAAAAAACCCCAAUAAAACAGUAAACAGAAUAAAAGGGCUGACUAGAAUUCUUCUAGAAACGAAAACAUCAACACAUUUUGCUUCUGUUGGACGUCAUGUCAGAACGACAGAAACUAAAGAUAAAAGCGAAGUGUCAAGGAGUUAUUAGACUUCUGAAAAUACCUAAAGACGUUUCAUACGAUGCUUUUUAUGAGCUGGUACGAAUUGAAUUUUAAGCUUGUUUUCGAUUGCGUUUUAAAAAUUGUGAAUUAUAAAUAAGGGACUUUCCAUUUUUUUGAAGUUGAAAAACAGUUUUGGCGUCUCAAAUUGCCAGUUGCAAUACAGCGACGAAGAAGGAGAUUCGGUAAGAGCUGAUUUUUGGUUAAAACAAUGUAGACGAGUAUUAAAAAUUGCAUUUUUCUAAUGUUAAUAUUUAUAUAAAUAUCUUGUGAUAUAUUUUUUGCGUAAUCAGGUAAAUAUCUUAGUUAUUUACACACUUUUAGUCACAAAUAUAAGUCAAAAUACCAUUAAAUCUUACUUUGUGUGAAUUGGUAGGUUCAAGUGGUGUGUAAAAGUUGAUAUUUUCCAAGAAAAAUAUAAUAUGGGAUUAACAGCCAGGUUAUUAUAUGAAAACAACACCAUGUUACCCAGUCACUAUAUGAGAAUAAUAACCUGGUACCUUCUGCACAUAUUGGUGAUAUCACACUAACACACUCUAUACCAUCUGAGAUGACAGUUGGAGCAGGUUGGAGCAAUGAAGAAGACUGGCUAAGACAUACUGAUGCUACAAUUUAUUUCAAUCUUCUUUGUCUUACAAAUGUGGGAGCAUAUCAGAUAUAUUGCUCAUGCUCAGUUCAUAUAAUUGGUUUACUGUUUGGUCCCACAACCAGUAAACCUAAUGUUUUCAGCAUAAAAUAGAUGCAUUGUACACCAUGAUCCAAGUCAAUAGGUACCAUUUAAGCCAAAUUUGUUUUACAAUGAACCAAAUCUUUGCUGUUACAGAACAUAGCGAUUGUAAGCAACUUGCUGCUUCGCCAUCUUGCUCUUCAUAUACUAUCGCCAAAUAAAAAAAUUGUAAAAUCUUUCUUAACAAGCUUAACCUUACUAACCAUAUCGAAGAUCUAUUUUGUAUAAAUUGUAAAUAUUUACUAAAUUGUAAUUGUAUUCAUUACUAAUUAUUUUUUUCUCAUAUGUAAAUAGUCGUAAUCUUUAAUACAUUUUAUGUUAAUACAUUUUAUGCCUGUAAAUAUCAAAAUAGUGCGAGGGCUGUAUGUUAGAUAACUUUUAUGGUUAAUACAUUUUCCCUCAUGAAAUAAAGUUUCUAUUCUAUUCUAUUCUAUUUACAGUAUAGUGCCUUACAGUUAAAAAUAAAUAUAAAAAAUUACUUUAUAAAAACUUCAAUUUUUCAUUGCAGGUUGAACUAGGAUCUCAGGGUUAGUACAGUACACAUAUAUGUGUAUAACAAAGUUGUUACUUAAUAUUUUUUUCAUUCUUGAUUAAAACUUCCAUUGCAAUUAACUUACUGAUAAUUCAUUUUCUGCACCUAUAUAGACGAGCUACAAGAAGCCUUCAAAGUAAGCCACGAUUGUCAUUUAUAUUUAAGUAUAGUCAUCAGUGUUACUUUUAAUAAAGCCUAUGGCUGCCGAUUAUGAUCUUAAAAAUUAACUUUUAUUCAUGUACAUUGAUUAAAUUACCCAGGUUGGAAAAAACCUUUCAUCACUGAAGAUCAACAUUAUCACACAGGAAAAUCCCACCAUGAGUGCAAUGAUCAACAAGGUUAGUUACAACAAAUUGUUACGGGUGGCUCUGUGGGUCAAAGUAAAGUAAGAUAACUGGAAAUGUACUGCCCCCCCAGAAAAUCUACACGCUCCCCUGGAAAAUUUGCAUCCCUCUCACCCUCUCUAGUAAUGAUCAGGGAUCACAUUAAUUUAUUUAAUUAAACCAGAGUAGCAAGUGAAAAUGUGUCUUAAAUUUACAAUUAUAAGGUCUAAAUAUACUCAAUUGAUUUAGCCAAGUGAUUGUUCAAAUACAACCCAAAGACAAUUGUCAGUUGACAAGAUGAACUCAGAUGACAGCGCAGCUUCCACAAACCGCAGUCCUAACGUUUUGGUUGAACCAUUGUCGAGCUUGACAAUCAAUGAAAAGCCAACGCCCAAGCCAAGACCACACCGCAGACGGAUUGGAUUCUACACGUCAUUGUGCAGCGAUAUUGUGGAGUCUGAAAAAGGCGAAGACAGCCAGAGUAGUGGCAAGGCCAAGAAAAAGCCUAAGAAGGAAAAGUCACUUCGAGGGAGCAAGUAUUAUGCAUCGUUAGCUGACGACAUUGCAGCCAUGAAGCUUGGCCAACCUGAUGAAAGUCAAAAAGAACGAAAAGAGAUGAAAAGGAGAAAUCCGUCAAGAACGAAUGAGGUGCCUGCACAUGAGUUGGCAAAAAAGCAAAAUAUGGACGAGGGAGUGAAACAGGUUGAACGAGAUUUGAGUGGUGUUUCCCUCAGUGAUGAAGAACCACCAAAAUGGUUUGACAAAGUUGUCGAUAAAGUAAGUUUGGUUCAAGAAUGUUUUAAAUUUUCCAUUAGAACAUGCUACUGUAUAUUGCAGACUUCAAAGAAAACGAUCAUCCGUCAGUUAUAUACAUGACAAAAUAUCGAUCCAUGCAAACCACUAAGCUUGAAUAGCGCUAAUCUAUACCGGCAAUGCUUAACUGAGAACAAAUUGUGUCAGAUUUUUUCUUGGAAGAUAGUUUAACGCAAAUGAUCAACGUCAUGAUGACGUCUUUAGCGUCACACACACACAAGUCCUUGUAGAUGAAGUGUGGAAUGUGUAAAUAUGAGUAUUCUAGUCAAGCUCAGUCACAUUUCAGUCGUGCAUAUAUAGGUCUUGCACAACAACUGAAUGAAUUGGCGAUCUUCAGUUAGUGGCAAUUAAAGUGAAACACCAAAACCAGUUUUGGUGUUUCACCUACUCCAGAUGUUUCGUGGUUUACUCGCGGUACACUACCCCUGACUACAGUACGUCGGACUACUUGGAACAUUCUAGUAAUUACUGUUUAUGCAACGCAAUUCAGUGUAAAAUCUUACCUUCUCUUUUUUCACCAUGUACUUUGAAUGUUGUUUCCACCAUGUAGUUUCACAAAAUGAAUGCUAUAAUAUUCUGAAUUUGUAGAUGAGUCAGUCAGUGUCUUCACAAGUGCUUGGUGCAUUAAAUGGUGCAGCUGGUAUAGCAACAGUAAAUCCUGUCAAAGCAAUGAGAAGAGAGCGUGGUAAGUUAAUCCCAAAUCAUCUCUUCAAUACUUGUACGAGUAAUUUGUUUGAGUUCUCAUGGAAUCAAUAGACAAGUCCAGC